AUUUUUGUAUUAAUCGAUUUUCUUAUUGUUCUAAUCUGUGUUGUUCAACAUUUUGUUUUUACAUUUACAUUCGAGAAAUCAAAAUCUAAAAUCAAUAUUUUGAAAUUAUUUGAACGGACGGGAGCUUGAAGGCAACGGUACGUUGCUGACGAAAAUGGAUUAUGUGCUUUGAUUUCGAUUCAUUCGAAAGUCUACGCGUGUUCUGAACAAUAUUCAUUACACGUCAAUAACAUCGAGGGCGUAUUAAUUAAUCACCUUUCGUUAUUAGUUCUUAAACGAAUGAUACGAUUAAAGUUUCAUGGAUGCAAAAUCUUCAAAAUUCAUCUGACAAGAAAGAGGUUAGACUACUUGUUAAAUACCCAAACAAUACGAACGUUGGAUGGUCUGUCAGAUUUUAGACAAUGUCUUUCCUACGUGGCUCCGCGCAUUUUGUCUGGUGUACGACUAGUGUCCUUGGAAAAGGUGCGACCGGCACAGUUUUCCAAGGUGUUAAUAAAAACAAUGGGGAACCUGUCGCGGUUAAAACGUUUAAUCAGUUGAGUCAUAUGCGUCCUCAUGACGUGCAAAUGCGAGAAUUCGAGGUCCUUAAGAGGGUCAAUCAUGAAAAUAUUGUUCAGUUAUUGGCUAUUGAAGAAGAGCAAGAUGGUCGUGGGACUGUGAUUGUUAUGGAACUCUGUACUGGAGGCAGUCUUUUUAGUAUUCUCGAUGAUCCUGAGAAUACAUUUGGACUCGCAGAAGAUGAAUUCUUGUUGGUCCUAGAACAUGUAACGGCUGGAAUGAAGCAUUUGCGUGAUAAUAAUUUAGUACACAGAGACUUAAAACCAGGUAAUAUAAUGAAAUUCAUUGCUGACGAUGGUAGCACUAUUUAUAAGCUCACUGAUUUCGGUGCUGCCAGAGAGUUGCAAGAAGACCAGCAGUUUGUAUCUUUGUAUGGCACUGAGGAAUACUUGCAUCCAGAUAUAUAUGAACGGGCUAUCCUACGCAAAACUGUAGGAAAGACAUUUGGAGCAACGGUAGAUCUAUGGUCGAUAGGUGUAACGUUAUAUCAUGUAGCUACAGGACAUUUACCCUUUAGACCAUUUGGUGGACGUAGGAAUAAGGAGACAAUGUUUUAUAUUACCACAGAAAAAGCCACUGGAGUUAUAUCGGGUGUGCAAACGUCAGAAAAUGGGCCGAUCGAAUGGAGCAGAGAAUUGCCACAAAAUUGUCAAUUAAGUGCCGAGUUAAAAAAGAUUGUGACUCCUUUAUUAGCCGGGUUACUAGAGGUUGAUCCACAAAAAAUAUGGAGUUUCGAUCGAUUUUUCACGGAAGUUACCGAAACUCUCUCCCGAAAACGUGUGUACGUAUUUAACGUUCACAAAGGCAGCUUGAUCAAAGUUUUCCUGCAUUCUGAAGAAAAACUAACAGCGCUACAGUUACACAUUCAAGAACAAACCGACAUACUGCCGCAUGUUCAAAUUCUUCUGUAUGGAGACGCAUUUUUAACAAGCAUCAUCGAAGAAUCCACACCUGGAAAAGGGUAUCCAGAUACAUCCGAGGAUAAACCAUUGAUGUUAUUCUCCAAAGAAAAUAAUAACGUCACUCUACCGGUGGACCCAGAGUUGCCCAAAUUUCCAGUAUUCGCAAAUUUGGUAUCUGUAGAAAAUGACGCUAGUCAAGCAAAAGUAGCUUGUUCAAUUGGAUAUGUAUGCAAGAGAAGAAUCGAUAAAUUGGUUUUAUGCAGCAAGUUGUCACAGAAUGCAAUAAAGGCAUUCUGUGAUCUUGUUUUGAGAGAAAUUACAAGAUUGUUAGAAAAAUGUCAACAUUUCAAAGAUUUUACUAAAGCUGUAGAAGACACGACGAUAGCAGUAGAAAGAUAUGAAAAUCUUGUGCGACAAAUUCACAAGAAGUUCGGAAUUAAGAACAAUUUGGAAGCAAAAAAUUGGAAAAAGGAGCUAGAUUUAAAGAGUAAGGAGCUUCUGACCGAAUUGGCUCCUGCGGUAGCACAACUUCAUCAGAGGUAUGUAAAAGAUGGCAGUUUACGUGCUGGAUGGGACACUAACACUCGCGGGUUAUGGUGUCCAUGGGCCAGUAAAGCAAGUCAAAAAGCAGCAACUCUAGUGGAUCGUUUACGAGAUGGCUGGCAACAUUUAUUAAGAGAUAGAGCUACCCGUAGUCUCACGUACAAUGAUGAGCAAUUUCAUGUAUUGGAACGAAUAAAGGUGACAGAAACAGGACAAAGAAUAAAGAAUCUUCUUGAAACAUUUUGUAUACCGUCGAUGGUAAACAGAUCUGAAUAUGUUGCUGACUGGUACAAAAUUGCACAAACCGUUUUCCUACAGACUCAAAUAUUAGACAAGGACGUAGAUAAUUACGAGCAUGUAUUACAAGCAUAUUCGUAUCGUUUAUCGCAAGAAAGUAAAGAACCGUAUGAAAAUAUUUUACACCUGAUAGAUCCAAGAAAAUUGAGAACGAUGGAAAAAACCAUCCAAUCUGACCAAGAAAUUACAUCAGUGUGUAAAAAAUUAUGUGUUGCGCAAGAACACAUUACAAUGCUUCUGUACACAAACGAAUUACUUAUUGAUCAGCUUAAUUCUUUAUCGACACCUGAGGAAGACCUAGAAGAAGAUUCGGAAUAGAUAUCAUUUAACAAUUUCUACUUUAACUUCUAGCAUUUCCUUUAAUUUUUUUUUAAGAAGACUGAUGUGUACAGUAAAGUUCAAGAAUUCAUAGUAAUACAAAAUAAACAGUGUACAGUAUCUAAAUAGACGAGCACACAUUAAGGCAGAAUGUACAGUGUAAGAACUAUAAAUUAUUUUCCUUUAUCAGGCAAGGAAUGUAAGUGGAAAUUGCUAUAUUUUGUGUAAAUAUGUAUAAAAUGACGACAGAUUAUAUCUAAUAUACCAGAAUGUUCAUAUG